AUGCCUCGCGCAUUCGGUUUCGAUGGCGACUCCGCCAUGUAUGAAUCACUCGAGCGCAAAGUCCUUGCCGACGAAGCCGCUCGCAAGAAAUCGCUCGCAGAGACCUCUGCUGACCCAAGCACCAUCACCACCAGCAGUCACAACAGCAACGACAAGCGCCGUCUAUCAAACCCGUUCUCGGCGAAAUCACGCAGCAAAGACAGCAAGGCCACAUCAACAACCACAGUCCUCACGGAGACCAGUAACGCAACAGCACCUGAGCUGCUUACUUCGCCCACCAGGAGGGCUGCCAACGACAACGAAGCAGGGCUCUCGUCCGCCAAUAGCAAGAAGUCGGUCGGAGAGAAGGUCGCAAACUUUCUCUUCAACGGCGGGCGAAGAUCGCGGCAGCAGCAGUGGGGCGAGCAGCGAGUUGGGAUGAGUGACGGUCACGUUGAGGGGCAUGUAGUUCGGGAAUCGGCUUCGUAG